AUGUCGACCACGCUGUCGAACAAACUCGUUCGCUGGGCCAGUUCGCAUCCGUUUGUGGCCGCCUUCUUAGCGCUUGUUCUUGUCUCCACGCUGUAUCUAGCUUGGAAACGUGCUUCAGCAAAGCCAUCUGUAUGGCUCAACCUGCCGGGUCCCGAGCGAACGUCUUUCCUGACCGGUUAUUCGCGCGAUCCCAAGAAGAAGCUCGGAGUCAAGAAUCCAACAGCGCCCGAUCGCGAGCCAAUCAUUGGCGAUGACGGUGUCGACAUCACCGAAACACCAGGCGUUGCGAUCGCGCGUCUCUACGACGAAUACCAAUGCGAUCAUCUGGUCUUCCCACGUCCCAUCGGUGGCGAGUUGCUCAUCACUCGAGAUGCAGCUACGAUGAACCAUAUUCUCAACGAUAGCUACAACUACACUCGAAGCACCGCGGGCACCAAAGCAACCAAGAUCAUCAUUGGCAACGGUGUCGUCGCCGUCUUUGGCGACGAGCACAAGAAACAGCGCAAGAUGCUAGCGCCCGCAUUCAGCGUCGAUUCGCUUCGAGGGCUCAUGCCCAUCUUCACACAAGCGACGGCUCAAAUGAUGGACCGUUUCGGCAAAGAUACUUCGCUCGAGAAGAGGUGGGGACGCGACGUUAAGGAUUCCGUAAAGUGGUUUGGACGGGUCACGCUCGACAUCAUUGGGCGUGCUGGAUUCGACUACGACUUUGGAGCUGUAGAACAGGGUCCCAACGGACUAGCGGUACGAUCGACUUUCCAUGACGCCAUGACAUCCACCAUGAACGUUUCCCCGAUCGACGCCGUCGUGGGCGCGUUCAUGUUCUUCGUCGUACCCUCGUUGCUCUACAUCCUACCUUUGACGGAAAACGUUCGAAAGUUGCGCGAGAUGCGAAGCGAAUUAAUCAAGUGUUCGCACAAGAUCGUAGCUGCCAAGGCCAAGCAGAUCCGGAAGGAGCUGGAAGCAGGUGUAGAUGCCAAAGAGACUUUUGCGGGUAAGAAGGAUAUCUUGCAUCUGCUCAUGCGCGCCAACAUGUCACCGGAGAUUCGACCUCAAGAUCGUUUGACAGAUGAAACGCUGGCGGGGCAGAUUGUGACAUUUAUCUUUGCAGGUCACGAGACGAGUGGCAAUACGAUGAGUUGGUGCACGUUUUUCCUCGCACUGGACGUCGAGUACCAGCAAAAAUUGCGACAACACAUUCAAAAGGCGUUGAAGGAGAUGGGCAAGGAUGGCGAUGCGAUCACCGAGCUCACCUGGGCCGAUGUAAACAGCGAAGAGAUGCGUCCAUUGGAUCUUUGCAUUCAAGAAACGCUUCGUUUACGCCCUCCCAUCACCACCACAUUCCGUUACUCCACCAAGGACGACCAGCUCCCUGUCACUACACCUUUCAAGACCAAAGACGGCAGAACGCUCUCUACCAUCCCUAUCACCGCUGGCCAGGAAAUCGCCAUCUCGGUAACAGGCAACAACAUGGAUCCCAAAUAUUUUGGUGCCGAUCCACAUCGUUUCCGCCCAGAUCGAUGGAACAACUUGCCCGACUUGCAUGCCAAAUCCAAAUUACCAUCGCCGUACGGUUCCUUUGUCUUCAACGGCGGACCCAAAGUUUGCAUCGGCAGCAAGUUUGCUAUGACCGAGAUGAAGGUCAUUUUGGUCAACGUGCUGGCAAAGUACAGGAUCGAACCAGUAGAAGGCUUGAAGUACAAGAGCGUAGAAGCGGUGGUUCAGAGACCAGCGGUGAUUGGUUUUGAGAAGGAAGGAAGCCAGUUGCCUCUUCGCUUCGUCCAUGAUCCGCUUUAG